AUGCAUGUCUCACCAGUCCUCUCAUCUCCUCCCCUUGAUCCGGUCACUCGGCCUCACUUGCUGGCCGAGUUCACCAUGAAGGACAAAGUCGUCGUAAUCAGUGGCGGUGGGAGAGGAUUGGGUCUGGUACAGGCCGAAGCACUUCUUGAAGCAGGUGCUAUUGUGCACUGCGUUGACAGACUGCCCGAUCCCACGUCGGAUCCCGAUUCGGAAUUCUCCCGUGUAGCCAAGCGUGCCAAGGAAGAACUGAGCACCAGUCUGACAUACCACGAGCUGGACAUUCGCAACGUGCCUGAAUUGAACAACAUCUUUAGAGGUAUCGCAGAUGAGAGAGGUCGCUUGGAUGGCUGCCUUGCCGCUGCUGGAAUCAACUAUGAGAGCCCGGCUCUCGAUUACACUCCCGAGGAGGCUGAUCGUAUGAUGAGCAUCAAUGUCUCGGGUGCUUUCAUGACUGCUCAAGCCGCUGCUCGCCAGAUGGUCCGACUGGGAACGCCUGGCAGCAUCUGCAUGAUUGCCAGCAUGAGCGGCACCAUUGCCAACCGCGGCAUGUUUGCUCCAGCAUAUAACGCCUCCAAGGCCGCUGUUAUCCAGCUGGCCCGAAGCUUGGCCGCCGAGUGGGGCCAGUAUGGCAUCCGCGUUAAUACUCUCUCUCCCGGGUACAUCUUGACCCAGAUGCUGCUGAAUCUGUUCGACGACUACCCCGAGCGAAAAGAGCAGUGGCCCAAGGAGAACAUGCUUCAGCGAUUCAGUGUCCCCAAGGAAUAUCGCGGUGCUGCCGUGUUCCUGCUCAGCGACGCCAGCAGCUUCAUGACGGGAAGUGACCUCCGUAUUGACGGUGGACAUGCUGCCUGGUAA